CAGCGCGGUUGCAUCAGAAGCGGCAGAGCUGGAAAAUCCCGUCCCGCAGCGCGCAGGAAGGAGCGGAAAUCAUGGAAAAACCCAGCUCCAGCAGCUCCAGCGGCUCCAGGAGCUCCAGCGGCAGCUCCAGACCCAAGCUGAAGGAGGAACUGCUGUGCCCCAUCUGCUACGAACCUUUCCGGGAAGCCGUCACCCUUUGCUGCGGCCACAACUUCUGCAAGGGCUGCGUCAGCAAAUCCUGGGAAAACGGGCACCACGCCUGCCCCGUCUGCAAGGAAAACUCCUCGCUGGAGGAUCUCCGCCUCAACUACACCCUCAACAACCUGGUGGAGCUGAUCCUCAAGGAGGAAGGGCAGCGGCAGAGCCCGGGCGCCGCUCCCUGCCCCGUCCAUGGGGAGGAUCCCAAGUUUUUUUGCCUGGAAGACAAGGAGCUGGUGUGUUUCGCCUGCCAGAAUUCCAAGCAGCACCAGGGGCACAAGAUGAGGCCGGCCAAGCUGGCGAACAUGGAAUCUUCCCUGCGGGAUAAGGCCAAGGAUUUCGGGAGCGUGCGCCGCUCCUACGAAUCCAUCUCCCGGCACAACGAGGCGGAAUCGGCGCGGCUGGAGCGGCAGGUGAAGUGGGAAUUCGAGAAGCUGCACAAAUUCCUGCGGGAUGAGGAGCAGGCGCUGCUGGCGCAGCUGCGGGAGGAGACGCGGCGGAAGCAGGAUCUGAUCCAGGGAAAGAUGGAGCAGCUGCUGGAGGAGAGCCAGGCCCUGCUCAAGGAGGCCGGGCAGAUCCAGACCGAUCUCAAGGAAGACGACUACACAUUCCUGAAGACCCACAAGAACCGCAAGCGGAGGAUCGCCUGCACGGCCGAGGAGCCGGAAGCCGUUCCCUUGGGAAUGCUCCUGGACGUGGCCAAGUACCUGGGAUCGCUCCAGUACAAAGUGUGGAAGAAGAUGUUGGCCACCAUCACCGUGGUCCCGUUCAGCCUGGAUCCCAACUCGGCCGCCGGCUGGCUCUCGGUGUCCGAGGACCUCUCCAGCGUCUCCAACCGCGGCUACACCCUCUCCGUGGAAAACCCGGAGCGCUUCACCUCCACCCCCUGCAUCCUGGGAUCCUGUGGCUUCUCCGAGGGCUUCCACACCUGGGAGGUGGACCUGGGCGGGCUGACCAACUGGAGGGUGGGUGUGUCCCGGCCCCACCACGGCUCCCACUGGGCCUUCCACCACGAUUCCCGCUCCGGAUUCUGGUACAUCUACCACAUUCCCGGGAAAGACGAGUGCCGGGCGUCCAACGCCGUGCGCUCGGAGGCGGCGCCAGGAAACAUCCGGCGGAUCCGGGUGGAGCUGGACUGCACCGAGGGGGAGUUGUCCUUCUACGACGCCGAGCUCCGCAGCCACAUCUACACAUUCCAUGAGAAAUUCGGCGGCGUCGUCUUCCCCUAUUUCUACGUGGGAGGGCCCCAGGGCGGCGCCAAGGCCAAGUCGCUCCGGAUUUGCCCGCUCCAGGUCCACGUCCGGGAGGAAAUCCUGGUUUAGGAGCCUCCCGCUUCCCGGUGGUGUUCUCCGGGUGCUCCUCCGGCUUUUCCGGGUGCUUUUCCGGGUGUUUUUCCCGAAAAGGGGGGGAAAAAAAAGCAGGGAUAAAAAGAAUGUUUGUUUGUAACGCUUCGGGUUUUUAUCUUUAAUAAAAAUUAAUAAACUC